AUUAAACUAAGACCCAUGGACAUCCCGGAACUGAGACAGUACGGGCAACUAGCUAGAGAAGAUAAACUCAACAUGGCCGCAGAGAAGGACCCUGGUUAUUCUAUUGUGGAAUAUAUGCGGGGUCACAGUGGCUACAAAUGUGGUUACUGCAAAUCUAGCGACACGAACUUCAGCCACGGAAUGUGGGCACACAGAAUGGCUGUUGGUGACUAUCAGGCGUUAAUAGACCGAGGGUGGAGACGUAGUGGAAAAUAUUGUUACAAACCAACCAUGGACAAGACCUGUUGCCCAAUGUACACCAUCAAAUGUGAUGCCUUGGAGAUCAAGCUCAGCAAAAGUCAAAAGAAAGUUCUCAAACGUAUGAAUCGAUACCUUAGUUAUGGUGGCAGGAAAGAAUGCGGAACACCAGAAAUGGAUAGCACUGGUGCAGUGGGAGAAAAUGAAGAAUAUGUGAAGCCAAAAUCUGAAGCAAAAUUUGAUGUGUCAUCAUUUUCUUUACCAAAAUCUUCUGCAAUUCCAGAACAACGUUUACAGAUGAGCAAUACUAAAUCAGAUAGCAAUGAGGCAUCUGCUGGCAGUAAGCCCAAGGCCAGUGAAGCUACCAGUGCUCUUUCUCCAAGCAAAGAUUCACCAAAUAGUAAUCAAGAUGGCAGAAAAAAUGUUUCUCAAGGCAUAGGUCCAGAUGCCAGCCGACCACCGUGCAGGAAAGCAAAGGUCAUCAGGCAAGAGAGGCGAGAGGCAAAGUUAGCUAAACGGGCAUUGGAAAGCUUGGGCAGAGGUGAAUCUCCUAUGGAAACCAAAGUGUCUAAGCAGAGCAACACUGAAAAGUCUCUGGAGGACUUCUUGUAUGAACCUCUUCCAGCAAAUCCGGUCCACAACUUGGAGCUGAAGCUGGUGAGGGUUGAUCCUCCCGAGGCAGCAUUCAAAGCCACCUAUAAUGCCUCAUAUGCUGUCUUUCGCAAGUAUCAGCUGGAAGUGCAUCAUGAUUCAGAAUGCGAGUGUGACGAGAUGUCCUACCAAAACUUCCUGGUUGAUGGGCCCCUGUUGCCAUGGCAGCCAGGGAAUGGUCCAGAACAGGGUUAUGGCUCCUUCCACCACCAGUACUGGAUGGAUGGCAGACUCAUUGCAGUGGGAGUCCUUGACAUCCUGCCACACUGUGUCUCCUCUGUCUACCUUUAUUAUGACCCCGAAUAUUCAUUCUUGUCAUUAGGAACCUAUGCUUCGUUGAGAGAGCUGGCUUUAGUGCGUGAGCUGCAGCGCAGAAUAGCACCUCUAAAGUGGUACUAUAUGGGUUUCUAUAUCCACUCUUGCCUCAAGAUGCGUUAUAAAGGGAAGUACAAACCCUCUUUCCUACUUUGUCCUGAGACCUAUGAGUGGAUUCCCAUCGAAUUAGCCACACCUAAACUAGACAAGGCAAAGUACUGCAGGUUAAAUGAUAAUGUCUCUGCUGUGGAUGUCAAUGGCCUAGUGGAUAUAAACAAGAUUUUAGUUCUUCAUAACCGGAAUCUGGUAAGAUAUGGAGAUUACCAGUCACAUUUCGCUGAUGAUGACGAAGAAGAAGAAGUAAAGGAAUAUGCGUCAUUGGUAGGAGCAAAGAGUGCAUAUACUUUAUUUUUAUGUCGAAGCUGAGCUUGACAGGUUCAGAAUAUAGUCAUAUUAUUACUCUCAUUUGUAGACUCUACUAGGGUUUUCCUGCUAUUUAUCCUCAGGAUAAAUUGCAAAUUUAUCCUGAAUUAUAUAUAAUUCUAAAUCAUUAAUGUUUUGCUGCCUUAAACAUUGUAAAUGUUAAUAUAUGUUUGUUCUAAGAGACUUCACUAACAUUAAUAAAGAUUCUCCCUUGAUUUUACAGCAAGCAGAUUAAUAUGCUAGUCCUGUACAUAGGGAUUCAACAUUACAACUAUUUUAAGAAUAUGCUGUACACUGUGAUUAGGGUUUACACAGGACUCCCAAGUUGUUAUAGAUUAAGAAACAUCACAGAUUACUGAUGCUGCAUUAAAGACCAAAUCCUAAAUGUUACAAUUACUUUUCAUUAUCAAAGGACAACUUAAGAAUGAUUUUCAGGUCUUCAUCAUUAAAUUAUUUAUCUAUGGAUGAUAUAAUUUUUUUUGUCAAUCAGCAAUUAACCAUAUGCUAGCAAUUUGUGUGAAUAGGUGCAAUUGGUUUCCUAUUUGAGGAAGCAGUUCUCCUACCUAAAUUUCUAGCAACAGCUAGAAAUUUAUAUGUACCUUAGGCCUGCCUUCUUCCUUUCCCUCUCCAUAUCUCCUUUCACAUCCCUCUUCUUCCCCAAUCCCAUAUCUCUCUCUCUCUCUCUCUCUCUCUCUCUCUCUCUCUCUCUCUCUCUCUCUCUCUCUCUCUCUCUCUCUCUCUCUCUCUCUCUCUC